AUGGACCUCGAAUUCCCGGAUGUCAUGGCCGAUGGAUAUGGUUCCCGGGGCCAGUCAAAUUCAAAGCUCCGUGCUCGGUUGUUUCCAGAUAUUUUUGAUGCACGUUUGCGGCUAAAAGAUUUAGAAGAGUUGAUUAUGUCCCUGAAUCAUUUGGCACUACAAGAUGAAGAUGUUGUGGUGCUUAUCCAACUAGUUUUUAUGUUUAAGGAUCUACAUGGACGGGACAUUAAAAUUGGCAUUUCUGUAGCACUAUACAAGCUUGCUGAUAAUAUAGAUGAUUUGAACAGGUUUGCAUGGGGUACGUAUUUCUGGAAAUAUACUUCAUGUAUGAUGCAUGGAAUGUUUGAGAAAAUAUAA